GUUGGUUCCCUUAUUUCACCAGACUGAGUGUUUUAAAGGGAAUGGGGAUCAUGUGUAUCAGAUGCCUGCCCUGAACCAUGGCGGGUAACGGGACUUGGACAGAGCUGAUCGUCUCUGAGCAGGUGGUGGUGUUGUGUACCUGCGCCCUGUCUUUUUUAGGGUCAUCCCUGAUCAUCUUCACAUACCUGGUUUGGUCAGAUUUGAGGACAACCCCUAGGAAGCUGCUGGUUUACCUGUCGGUGUCGGACUGGUUGUCCGCCGUCUCCUACGCUUUCGGAGUCUGGAGGUUCUUCCGCGCCGACUCGCUCGACUGCGUCGUUCAAGGCGCGGUGUCCACUUUCGCUAACACCAGCAGCUUUUUCUGGACCGUGGCCAUCGCUGUGUACCUGUACGUCUUCAUUGUCAGGUCCAGCCAAAGAGUCGCCGACAGCAUGGUUCUGUUUUUCCACCUUGUCAGCUGGGGUGUUCCUCUGAUCAUCACCGUCACCGCUUUGUGUCUCAACAAGAUUGGUUACAAUGCAUCUGAGGUGUCUGUGGGGUGGUGCUGGGUCAGGAUCCAAGCUAAGGAUCAUAUCCUGUGGAUGCUGCUCACUGGGAAGAUCUGGGAGAUCCUGGCUUAUCUCACUCUCCCUGUGCUCUACAUCUUGAUCAAGAGACACAUCUACAAAGCGCACGCGGCCCUGUCUGAGUACCGUCCCAUCUUGGCUAACAGGCCUCAGUCGCAGUCCUUUUCAUCCAUGGCUGAUGUGAAGCUCACUCUCAUUCCCAUCAUCUUCAUCAUACUGCGCAUUUGGAGCACAGUGCGCUUCAUACUGCUGCUCGCUGACUCUCGGGUCAGACACAACCCGGUGUUGGUCACACUACAUGGCAUCGGCAACACGUCUCAGGGAGCGGCCAACUGCAUCAUGUUUGUUUUGUUCACUCAGCCGAUACGCUCGCGCCUCUACACCGUGCUCUGUUGCUGCUGCUCUAAAUGGCGAGCGGAGGAGCAGCAGCACAGUUCCCCACAGAGGCCUCCGCCGAACUCCUUCACCCAGAGAGAAGAGGACAGCAGCAAAGUCCAGACGGACAGAUGA